ACAUUUCAGCUGAUUGCAGGAGCACUCAGAGAAAAUCAGGUGUGGAAAGGUACCAAGACCACACUGAAUGAGAAAGCAAGCCAGCAACAUCCCUGAGGCAGGACUGACACAAAAUCAUACUUAGCAUUGACAUGACUUUUUGUUUCCUGACAAUCACAAAUCUUUACUGUAUGUGUACUUUGCUCCUUCCAGCUUGAAGAGAGAUGUGUUAAAGAGUUUAUUCUCUUGACAGAGCUAUAAGCCUAUUUCUGAAGAAUGGCGCUGAGUGACCUUCUUUACCCAGAUAACCCCAAGAGAAGGCAAGAAUUGAUCCAGCUGCACCAGGAAUUGCUUGACUGUAUGUCCACAAAUUUCCGUGCCACAAAUGAGCUGGCUGGAGUGCUGAAUGAGCACCUGGGCUGUACCAUUCCUCACAUUCAGAUGAGAGACAGCAGCACUGUCAAGGAAAACUGUGAUAUAAUCAUUCAAGCGAUGAGUGAGAUUCAGCACCAGGUACAGAAGAUUGAUAGUGACAUGAAGGAAAAGCUAGAGCCUGUGCUGUACCAGAAGCUGUAUGACAUCAAAGAGCCUGAGCUGGAGAAAAUUGCAAUAGCCCAAAAAAUUUUUUCCAUUGUUCUUGGAGAAGCAACUUCAACAGCUGGGAUGGUAGCUAUGAAACUUCUUGGAUCCAAUCUUGUAACUUUCACUGUGAGCAAGCUCAUCAGCCUCCUUGCACAGAUCGGGGCAUCUGUUCUUGGGGGAAUCAGCAUCACCAUUCUUGGGCUUGGAAUAGAAAUGAUCCUCCAUGCCAUCCUGGGAGCUGUGGAGAGGAAUCAGCUUUCCACAGCUGUGAGAAGCUACGAGAAGCACCUGGCUGAGUUUAAAGCAGCCUCAGAAAAGUAUCAGCGUGCCAUACGUGAAGUGACUUCUUUGGUGAGACAGCAGGCUCAGUGAAGGACAUCAGAGUUCUCUCUCCUGCUAUGACAGUGGCUGCAGCAGCUACACCUGCAGAAACCUUUGUGAUUCAUUAUGGUAAAUGAACUACUGAUGGCUUUUUUUGUCAUCUUAGUGGCAGCAGAUCAAGAGAUGUGACAUCAGAGAAUUGGCACUGAAAUAUAUUAAUAUGGAAUUGACUUGUAGGUGCUUCUGGGAAGAAAUGCUUUCAAUUCUUUGCACCUUUCCUUCAGCUAUUUUCUGGAAUGCAUCAUAGAUAACCUUGAACUAUAAUUCUUACUAGUGAGAUUAAUAUUCAUUGCUGGAGCAGUAGUGAUAAGGUGUGAUUUUUUUUCUCUGUGUUACUAUGUCAAAGAUCACAACAUGAUGAGAGAAAACCGUUUCAACAAGCCAGUCCAUGUUGUCAUCUGCAGGGCUCACUGGGACAGCUGUGCUUGCAAAACUCUUGGUGUGGAUUAGUGCUAAAUCUGGUAGGCUGAAUUCCCUGUUCAUUGAACUGCUUACAAGGGCUAGGUGAAGCAUAUUUAACUUUUAUUUCCUGUCCUAUCCCUGCCUAAGAAGGUGGGAAGAGGUCUUCUUUAAAUAAACUCUAAUCCCACAAGAUUAGCAAGUAAGAGAAGCGUGGGCCUACAAACAAACACAAAUAAUCUUACCCCACAACUGAAAGUGGCCACAGUGUUCCAGGCAUGCCUGGCUGUGAAUAACCUCUUAUGCUCAGUAAUGCCCUGUUCCUGACAACCCACAGGGAAAUAUUUCUGUGCACACUUGCUGCUCUGUUGAUGGAAAUGGAAUUAUACACAUGUACAAGUGUCUGUAGGAUUACAGCCCUGCUUUACCUAAACCCAUCAAUAUGAGACUGCGAGAGGAUGCUCAGGUUUUGAAUUUCCCAGUAUGCUAUCCAAGGGGCUAGCUUUUCAGGUUUUGAAAACAAAGCUGGAAGUGAGACAUGAUUUGCAGUCCCUUGCUCUGAUUUGCUGUGGUUUGCUUUUACUUUUUUGCUCUCUGAAAAAAAACAAAGAAAAAUAAAA